AAGGCGAGUCACGGACCCUCCUCACUCCAACCUCCGCUGUCGUCGUCGUCUCCCUCCCUCCCUCAGGCGGCCAUGGCGAUGGAUACGAGCGGCAAAGAGAAGGAGGCGCUGCAGCUGCUCGCCGAAGCGGACAAGAAAGUGCGCGGCUCCCAAGGCUUCUUCUCGGGGCUGUUCGGGGGUGGCUCCUCCAGGGUCGAGGAAGCAUGUGAUAUUUAUGCAAGAGCGGCCAAUAUGUUUAAAAUGGCCAAGAACUGGAGUGCUGCAGGGAAUGCUUUCUGCCAGGCUGCUCAGUUGCAUCUCCAGCUGCAGAACAAGCAUGAUGCGGCCAUGAGCUUUGUGGAUGCUGGUAAUGCCUUCAAGAAAGCUGAUCCUCAAGAGGCCAUUAACUGUCUCCUCAGAUCUAUUGAGAUCUACACAGACAUGGGCCGUUUCACCAUUGCAGCCAAGCACCAUAUAACGAUAGCAGAGAUCUAUGAGACGGAGCUGGUGGAUAUUGAAAAGGCAAUAGCCCAUUAUGAGCAAGCUGCAGAUUACUACAAAGGUGAAGAAUCUAAUAGCUCGGCGAACAAGUGUUUGCUGAAAGUGGCUACCUACGCAGCUCAGCUGGAGCAGUACCAGAAAGCUAUUGAGAUCUACGAGCAGGUGGGCACCAGCGCCAUGGACAGCCCUCUGCUGAAGUACAGCGCCAAGGAGUACUUCUUCAAGGCAGCACUCUGCCACUUCUGCAUUGACAUGCUCAACGCCAAGUUGGCUAUACAGAAAUAUGAAGAAAUGUUCCCAGCUUUCUCGGACUCCAGAGAGUGCAAACUGGUUAAAAAAUUGCUGGACGCUCAUGAAGAACAGAACAUUGACAGCUACACUGAAUCGGUGAAGGAGUAUGACUCCAUCUCUCGCUUGGACCAGUGGCUCACCACCAUGCUCCUUCGCAUCAAGAAAACCAUACAGGGCGAAGAGGAGGACCUACGCUAAGCCACUACCCCACGACCCUCUGCCCCUCAUCUGCAGAACUCUGCGUGGAUCGGCUCUGGGGGAGGAGAGGGGUUUUGGCCCAAAGGAACUGGACUUGAAUGGCAAAUGGUUUAUUACUGCUCCCUUUCUCAUCACCUCUCUCCUUGCCGCCGCCUCUUAGUACUGCAGAAAACAGGACCAGGGAGUGUGUCGCCCGUGGACUGACUCCAGCUGGAGAGAGACAUGAAGGCUGUAACAUGAAGUUCUCAUUUCCGUUGCCUCGCUGCCCCUCCCCAGAUCUGAGCGCGUUGCUUUCUGAGCCAGCAUUUUACCUUCUUCCGAUGGCUUUAAAAUAAUUUGUAUGGCUUAA